AGGGGCAUCUGGAGCCUGCCAUCCACCACACGGUGCGAUGCAGCGCAGGAUAGUGCUUCCACGGAGCCCUUCUGCAGCUAACAGAGUCUUCUGAUGCCUUCAGGAGAUAAACCAUGACAAGCGGACUCACAUCUGGGGCCUGUGCUCGCUCGUAGCUCUUCAUGUUUCUUCCGUGCGCUUCUAUGAAAGGCUCUCCGGGUUGACGGCCGGGUCUCUUCUGCUGCUGCUGUGUAUACUCUGGGAAUCUUUGCUGCAUAUUCGACAGGUGUAGACGUUUCAGGGCCACGCAUAAGCAGCUCAGGCAGUACGGGCUCACAGUUGGUGUGUUUGACCGGGAGAGGGCUGCGUUUUCUCAACUGGAAGGAAUAACGUUAGAGUGUCCGCCAGGAGGGGCACCGGUGGAAACCGUUACAGCAGGAGGAGCUCGUUUUUGUGAAGUGAGGUGGUUUUUACUGCAAACAGGUUACCACUGUCAAGAGCUGGGACCGUUUCACCGUCAUGGUGGUCUUCAACGGGCAGCUGAAGAUCAGGAUCUGCGAGGCUGUGGACCUCAAACCGACUGCCUGGUCCCUGCGUCACGCCGUCGGCCCAAAGACGCAAACCUUCCUCCUGGACACGUACAUCGCCCUGAACGUGGACGACUCCCGUGUGGGCCAGACCUCCACCAAGCAGAAGACCAACAGCCCAGCGUGGAAUGAUGAGUUCACCACGGAGGUCCACGACGGCCGCAAGAUCGAGCUCUCCGUCUUCCACGACGCACCCAUCGGCUACGACGACUUCGUGGCCAACUGCAUCAUCCAGUUCGAGGACAUCCUGCACAACGGCAGCAAGCACUUCGAGGACUGGAUUGACCUGGAGCCAGAAGGGAAGGUGUAUGUUGUUAUUGAGCUGUUAGGAUCUUCCAGUGAAGCUGCAACAGGCUCCACUGAGAAUGAGGAGCGUGUGUUUCGGCAGCGGAUGCGUCCCAGGAAGCGUCAGGGUGCUGUCCGCCGGAGGGUCCACCAGGUCAACGGGCACAAGUUCAUGGCCACCUACCUGAGACAGCCCACCUACUGCUCCCACUGCAGGGACUUCAUCUGGGGCGUCUUAGGCAAGCAGGGCUACCAGUGUCAAGUGUGUACCUGUGUGGUCCAUAAGCGCUGCCAUGAGCUGAUCAUUACCAAGUGUGCAGGGAUGAAGAAGCAGGAGGACCUGGUCGGGGAGACAGUCGGCUGUCAGAGGUUCAGUGUGAACGUGCCGCACAAGUUCAGCAUCCACAACUUUAAAGUUCUCACCUUCUGUGACCACUGUGGGUCUCUGCUGUGGGGCCUGCUGCGACAAGGGCUCCAGUGUAAAGUGUGUAAAGUGAACGUACACAGGCGCUGUGAGAGUAACGUAGCCCCCAACUGUGGCGUGGACGCCAGAGGAAUCGCUAAGGUCCUCUCGGACCUCGGAGUCACGCCAGACAAGAUCUCCAACAGCGCUCAGAGGCGGAAAAAGCUUCCUCAGAGUCAGGACCCCCAGCAGCCAUUAUCAGGGACGCCUCAGGCAGAAGACGACCGCUCAAAGUCCGCCCCCACCUCCCCGUGUGACCAGGAUGGAAAGGAGCUGGAGAACAUCCGGAAAGCUCUGUCGUUUGACCACCAUGGAGACGAGCACAAAACACACCCCCUCUCUUCCUCCUCAUCUGCUGCUACAGUAACAGAGGAAAUGAACAAUGGAGGACCAGGCGAAGGAGGUGAUGGCGGCAGUGGCAGCGAGGAGGGAGAAGAGGGCCGAGAGAACGGAGAGGUCAAAGGUCGCAGCACUCCAGAGACCAAGAGGAUGAACCUGCACGACUUUGUGUUCAUCAAAGUUCUGGGAAAAGGAAGCUUUGGAAAGGUGAUGCUGGCGGAGCUGAAAGGCAGCGAUGAGGUUUACGCCGUCAAAGUGCUGAAGAAAGAUGUGAUCCUGCAGGACGACGACGUCGACUGCACCCUGACCGAGAAACGGAUCCUGGCCCUGGCUAGAAAACACCCCUACCUGACACAGCUCUUCUGCUGCUUCCAGACUAAAGACCGGCUGUUCUUUGUGAUGGAGUACGUUAACGGAGGUGACCUGAUGUUCCAGAUUCAGCGAUCGAGAAAGUUUGACGAGGUACGAGCUCGAUUUUACGCUGCUGAGGUCACAUCUGCCCUGAUGUUCCUGCACAGGCAUGGAGUCAUUUACAGAGACUUAAAGCUGGACAACAUUUUGCUGGAUGCUGAGGGUCACUGUAAGCUGGCAGACUUCGGGAUGUGCAAGGAGGGCGUCCUGAACGGAGUGACCACCACCACCUUCUGCGGGACGCCAGAUUACAUUGCACCUGAGAUCCUUCAGGAGCUGGAUUACGGCCCGUCAGUGGACUGGUGGGCGCUUGGGGUCCUGAUGUAUGAGAUGAUGGCAGGCCAGCCGCCUUUUGAAGCCGAUAAUGAAGACGACCUCUUUGAGUCCAUCCUCCAUGAUGAUGUCCUUUACCCUGUGUGGCUCAGCAAGGAGGCUGUUUCUAUUCUCAGAGCGUUCAUGACUAAGAGUCCUAACAAGCGUCUGGGCUGUGUGGUGGCUCAGGGUUUGGAGGAGGCCAUUAAGCUCCAUCCGUUCUUCAGCGAGAUCAACUGGAUGCUGCUGGAGCAGAGGAAGAUCACACCACCGUUCAAACCCCGCAUUAAAACUAAACGGGAUGUGAAUAACUUUGACCAGGACUUUACACGUGAAGAGCCCAUCCUGACGCCAGUGGACGACGGCAUCAUCAAGCAGAUCAACCAAGACGAGUUCAAAGGAUUCUCCUACUUUGGAGAUGAGACCGUGGCCUAGACGCACUGACACACAUAUGUUUAAUUACAUACGUCCAUACCACCACCACCACACCUAAAAUAUUUAAGAAACAAUAUUUAAAGAAACACAGCCCCUGGAAUGAGACCUUCUGGAUUCUGACAACUCCAGGAAUUAUACUAGACCAUCCGUAUCUCUUGUUAUGGUUUCUGUGCUAUAGUUGUUUGUCCAUUUGUGCAUAUCCUAUCAAGUUGUAUGCUCGAGCAGCAUGUUCUAAGCACAGGUGACAUACUGUAAAAAACGCCCUGAUGCUCUUUUAGUUGCUCCGGAUUUAUUUCUGAUGCACACGAAGUGGCAAACAAAACCCAGCUCUGUUUUUAGAGGGCUGUUUUAAAGUAGUUACACAGGCAGGAUCAUGGGGUAUUUGUGUGUGUGUGUGUGUAUGAGAGAAAGGUAAUGUAUGUAUGCAAGUGCAUGCAUGCAUAGCUGCAUACAGUAUCUCUAGAAAGAGUAACAUUGUCAUUUCUGUAGACGAUGCGUAUCCUGUGUCCGUCUGUGCUUAAAGAAUGUUUUACUUCCCUAAACGUGUAUGUGAACGGGAAAAACACAUUGAACCAAACAGUGUAUUUAAAGGAAAACGUUCUUGAAAAGUACUUUAUUCAUUGUGAAAAGAGAUGUCUCCAGGGAGAAAUCUCCAGUUUGUUUCUGAUGAAAUCAUGGUGUUUUUAGUUUAGUUUAAUUUAGCCUCAUCUAAAUUGCCAAUGCUCUAUUUCAAAUUUAAGAGACAAAGGUUGUAAAUUAAAUGUUUCAGUUACGAAGCUGCACCACAGAUGUGACAUGUUGGCAUUUAGAAAUUUAGUUUCAUGGAUCUCAGCUGCUUUUUUCAGACUGUAGGGAGAAGGUUGUGCUGUUUUUCUUUUUAGCUUGCUAGAAAUCAGUGUUUCGGUUCUUUGUUAAAAACCAAAUGGUACCAUUAGCUGCCGACAGCAGCUUCCCACUGGGGGUGUGGGCUAAGCUUACAGUAUUAACAAGCAGUUUUCUAUAUAACUUGAGACUGUUGUCCACUGAGGCCAAAUAAUGAGCUGAACUCUAAAAUGUCAAGGAGCCCUUUAAACAGAUGAUCUAUUUUAGCUCUAUCUUAGUGCUCGUUCCUGAAACGCAGCACCGUCCAGAGCCACAUCUCUCUCUAGGUCAGCUCCUUCACCUGAUCCUUGAAAUGCCUUGUGUGUUUACAGUAAUCUGUUGCUGUACUGCACCUACAGUAAAGCCUCUACCAAGACAAACCAAACCCCCAUGAUUCCACACUAAAGCCAUGGGUUGUACACACAGGCCAAUGUGUCAGCAUAUGUGACUGAAUGUGUGACAGCUGAAUGUGUUUACACUCCGAUGUGUGUACAUAUGUGGAGACCCAUUUUGUCUUUUUGUUUUUGUCACAGUUGUGUUGUUUUUACUUGAUCAUCUAGUUAGAUAUUUUUAGAUUUGAUGUGGAUGCAGAGCCUGAUCAGAAACUGUGACCACAAAGCUUCAGAACCUCCUCUUCUCUGUACAGCCUGGACGUGGAGGGAACG